UAAAAAAAUUAAAACACUGAGGCACGUCUUCACGAAGAGCCAAGUAUCCCUAAUUUGUAACAUUCCCUCACUCUCAAGCUCAGCAACACCACCUUCAUCAAUGGCGGACGCUGAAGAAAACACGCUUCGAAUCCUAAUAGCAACCGAUUGUCACCUAGGUUACAUGGAGAAAGACGAAGUUCGACGCCACGAUUCCUUCCAAGCAUUCGAAGAAAUUUGCUCAAUUGCGGAAAAGAAGCAUGUCGAUUUCAUGCUACUGGGUGGUGACCUUUUCCAUGAAAAUAAACCUUCUAGGUCAACUUUAGUCAAAGCUAUUGAGAUUCUAAGAAGAUACUGUCUUAAUGAUCGUCCUGUUCCUUUUCAAGUUGUUAGUGAUCAGACUCUCAAUUUUCAGAACACGUUUGGUCAUGUAAAUUAUGAAGAUCCUCAUUUCAAUGUUGGUUUGCCUGUGUUUACUAUUCAUGGAAAUCAUGAUGAUCCUGCAGGAGUGGACAACCUUUCUGUAGUUGAUAUUCUCUCAGCAUGUAAUCUAGUCAACUACUUUGGAAAAACGGUUCUUGGGGGUUCUGGUGUUGGUCAGAUCACUAUCAAUCCUAUUCUUAUAAAGAAGGGUUCAACAGCUGUAGCUCUAUAUGGCCUGGGGAACAUUAGAGAUGAAAGACUUAAUAGGAUGUUUCAAACGCCACAUGCUGUGCAGUGGAUGCGACCUGAAUCUCAGGAAGGGUGUGAAGUUUCUGAUUGGUUCAACAUUCUGGUACUUCAUCAGAACAGAGUGAAAACAAAUCCCAAAAAUGCAAUAAAUGAGCACUUCCUGCCACGCUUUCUAGACUUCAUUGUGUGGGGGCAUGAGCACGAAUGUUUAGUUGACCCUCAGGAAGUUCCAGGGAUGGGAUUUCAUAUUUCACAACCAGGAUCGUCGGUUGCAACAUCACUUAUUGAUGGAGAAUCAAAGCCAAAACAUGUACUUCUUUUAGAGAUUAAGGGAAAUCAGUAUCGCCCUACUAAAAUACCUUUAACAUCUGUCCGGCCUUUUGAGUAUACGGAGGUAGUACUAAAAGAUAUGCCUGAUAUUGAUUCCAAUGAUCAGAAUUCUAUUCUUGAACAUCUCGACAAAGUGGUUGAGAAGCUUAUAGAAAAAUCUAGUAAGAAGGUAGUUCAAAGAGCAGAACUUAAGCUUCCACUAGUACGUAUCAAGGUAGAUUACUCUGGAUUUAUGACUAUAAAUCCUCAAAGAUUUGGGCAGAAAUAUGUUGGAAAGGUUGCAAACCCGCAAGACAUUCUUAUAUUUUCAAAGGCAUCCAAAUUGGAGAAGGGUGUAGGCAAAAUUGAUGAUUCAGAACGACUUCGUCCAGAAGAAUUAAAUCAACAGAACAUAGAGGCUUUGGUUGCUGAAAAUAAUCUGAAAAUGGAGAUACUUCCAGUCAAUGAUUUGGAUAUUGCUUUACACAAUUUUGUGAACAAGGAUGAUAAAAUGGCAUUUUACACUUGUGUACAGUACAAUAUUGAUGAAACACGGAACAAAAUUGCUAAGGAUUCAAAUGAACCGAAGCUUGAUGUGGAAGAUUUAGUUGUUAAAGUUGGAGAGUGCUUUGAGGAACGUGUUAAGGAACGAUCCACACACUCCAAGGACUCUUCACAGUUCACUCCUGGUGCUCAGUCCUUUGAGGGUUUUCAAGGCAGAAGUGCAGCUGGAGCUGAUAGUGCGGUUUCCUUCAGCGAUGAUGAAGAUGCCAUGCCAACAUCAAGCUCGAAACCAAGCACCAGAGGUCGGAAAGGAUCUGUUUCAUCUCAAACUACAACCAGAGGAAGAGGAAGGGGCAGGGGUAGGGGCAGAGGCAAGGAUUCCAGCACCUUGAAGCAGACAACCCUUGAUGGAUCUUUAGGGUUUCGCCCUUCUCAAAGGUCUGCAGCAACUUCCAUCCAAAGUGGUGCUGAUGAUGGGGAUAAUAUGGCUUCAAGUGACGAUGCCAAAGGAAAUGCAGUGGAAGAGAUUGAUGACAGUUCGGACAAUGAAUCCAAUCUACCGGCACGGAAAAGGGCUGCUCCAAGGGGAAGAGGUAGAGGUGCCACACAGUCUUCUAAACGGGGGAGGAAAUCAGAAAACUCUUCAAUCCAUAGAAUGCUCAUGAACAAUGACGACGAUGACGACGAUGAUGAUGACAAUCCUCAAAAGAGAUUAAAUACGUCUCAACCUCGGGUGACAAGAAACUAUGGAGCUCUAAGAAGAUGAAAACUCGGUUCUAUUUGACGUUUUCAACAGGCCUUGCUGACAAGAUAACUACUGUCAUAUGAUGAAUUUAACUCCAUUACUUUGUGCAAAAACAUCUGAAGAGUCUGUUAACUAGUUAGACGUUUUGCCUAGGAUUCAUAGAUAAACUAGUUUAUCAUAGUGCAAGAAACAAUGGUAGACAGGAACUCCGGAACGUGACGACAAAACAGAAACCUGUUUGUUACUCAAGAAUGGGUCCUUCAGCCCACCAGCCACCUUGUUUUUCUUGUUCUGAAUAUUUUUUUUUUUAUAAACUUGUUAUGGGGUUUGGGGUCAUGAAGCCAUUCAAUUUGCAGUGACUGAUGUGUAAAAGUGAGUGUACUGGAAGCUUGUGAUUGCUUUCAUUCUUCACUAUAUUAACACAAAUGUGUGUACUGCAGCAAAGCAUGAUUACCCAAGUGCUUAUGUUGUGGCCAAAGAAAUCUAGAAAAUUAACCUAUGGGUAUGGUUCACAGAUUUUUUUUUUA